ACGUGGAGUGUCCGUAGGAAUAGUGUUAAGCGUAUUCACCGAGUUUAUAAGAUAACCCCGCUAGUGGUGUGACAUCAGUCUAUUUCAAAUUGUUUUCACGUGCUUUACGUUUCUCAUUCUAGCUACGAAGAGCUAGUUGUCAGUUAAUCGAUAAUCGACUUUUAUUUAUUGGAAAGUUGAUAUAAACUGAAUAAAAAAUGGUUGGCAUUGAAGUAAUCUGUGGUAUUGUCGCGGUAGUCCUUCUGUUUUACUACUAUUUAGUAGCACAUUACAACUUCUGGAAGAAACAAGGAGUUCCUGGGCCUGAACCAGAACUAGUUUUUGGUACGACUAAGCAAGUAUUAUUCUCGCAGAAAUCGUUAGGUUCUUACGCGGCAGCCAUUUACAAGAAAUAUAAAGGUGAACCCUUGAUUGGUAUAUAUGAGAAUAGACAACCUGCCCUAAUCAUAAAUGAUCCUGAUCUAAUCAAGACAGUGCUGAUCAAAGAUUUUACGAAAUUUUCUAAUCGUGCAGUUGGUAUUAAUGAAGUGGCAGAACCACUUUCGCAACACUUGUUCUCUCUGGAGACAAAAAGAUGGCGACCGUUAAGAACUAGGCUUUCGCCAGUAUUCACAAGUGGCAAGCUUAAAGAAAUGUUCUCUUUGAUCCUUGAAUGUUCCAACGGUCUUGAGAAAUAUAUGGACAAAUUGUUGGCAAAUGGCAAUGAAAUUGAUUGUCGAGAAUUGGCAGCAAGAUUCACUACCGAUGUCAUUGGCAGCUGUGCGUUCGGAAUCAACAUGAAUUCAAUGUCCGAAGAGGAAUCUGAAUUUCGUAGAGUAGGAAAGAAAUUCUUCUCUACCACGAUCGGACACAUACUAAGAUUCAAACUGAGAGAUUUGACACCGUGGUUCUACACUUUACUCGGUUACGUAUUACCGCGGCCCGAUUACAUGACGUUCUUUAUGAAGUCUGUUUCGGAAAUGAUGGAGUAUAGAAAGAAGAAUAAUGUUGUCCGGAAAGAUUUCAUCGAUACGCUGAUAGACAUCCAAGCACAUCCGGAAAAAUUGGGCGACAUCAAAAUUACGGACUCCUUGCUCGCGGCACAAGCGUUCGUCUUCUUUAUAGCUGGCUUCGAAACUUCAUCGACCACAAUUAGUAAUGCACUUUACGAAUUAGCCCAGCAUCAGGAUAUUCAGGAUAAAUUGCGAGAAGAAAUUAAAGAGCAUGAGAAGAUGAACAAUGGAGAAUGGCAUUAUGAAAAUAUAAAAGCAAUGCCAGUCUUAGAUAGUGUAUUUAAAGAAACAAUGAGAAUGUACUCACCAGUAACAGUUUUAAUACGGCAAUCAGUGGCAGAUUACACUUUCGAAGACCUGAAAGUUUGGAUACCCAAAGGUACAACCGUGUUAAUACCCAUGUAUGGAAUGCUCCACGAUCCAGAUAUUUAUCCAAAUCCUGAAGUGUUUAAUAUCGAUCGAUUUAAAGAAGAGGAAGAAUCAAAAAGACAUCCAAUGCACUAUUUACCUUUCGGAGAUGGCCCAAGGAAUUGUAUUGGUGCACGGUUCGCGAUCUUCCAAACGAAAAUUGGACUCAUAAAGAUACUUCGUAAUCAUAAAGUGGAUGUUUGCAAAGCUACUGUAAUUCCGUAUCAAAUUAAUGAACGUGCCUUCUUGCUGACUCCAAACCAUCCAAUAACUCUGAAAAUUAGCAAAAUUGAGAGUUAAUAAUUUCCUAACAAUUUACACUUUACAACCACCGGUCCCCACUUCAGUAUAUUUAUUUUGCAAAUACUCAAAUCAUAAAGGCGUUUUUGCGAAUGAUUUUUAAUUAAAUUGAUGUAUUUGCACAUAUGUAAGACUAAGAGACCCUUUGAGUCUUAAGAAAAGUAUUGUCCUAAUUUUUAUAAAAAAUUGGAAAUAAGUCAUUGUAACUGUUCGGGAGUUUUAGUGUUAAGUGUACAUUUCGAGCAUAAUAAAUACACAUCUUGAAGUAAGUACUUAAAUAGAGAAAAGUGUGACAAAAUGAAGCGAAAAGGCAGAAUCAAAUUAUUGCUUAUUUUGUGUUUAUAUGCAACUUUAUUAUUAAAAACUGAAGAAACGUAAAUUGUACCGUAGAUGAUACAUCGUGAAUGAUUUGCCAGUCACAAUUCUGAUUCUUACAUUUGUGAUCCUACUUUAGUCCUAUCUUUAACGCGUGCGAGAUAUUAACAGUUAAUUGAAUUUUGUAUAAGUAUUAUAAAUUCGUGAUAAUGAAGGAUGGUGGAGGUGUACGCGCGUAGGGUGGGGAGUGAUUUCCGCCAAUGAGUAGAGUCGCGCAGCCGGUGGAACCUGACCGCGUUCUCGUCACUUUCGGGAGAGAGAGAGAGAGAGAGAGAGGGAGAGAGAAUGAUUGGUGUAAACACGCAAAGUGCCGUACCUCGGGGUAUCGCCCGUAGAUGUCGGAGGGCUUCUGGUCUUGCCUUCCCGACGGAGCAGUCGCUGUCCAGCCGUCGUCUCUGGUGGAGGAGCCAGUGGUGAAGUCCCGCGCUGAACUUGAAACUACACUCUGUCGCGGCACCCGCGCCCGAUUGUGAUUCGACUAGUUCAAUCGCAGAGUCCGAAUACGGGAAAUCGUUUUGCGAUCAAGGCGAGUCGGUCCAGCUGAUGCUAAUAGAGCUGGUAUUCAUUAACCCCUUGCCGUACAAUAACGAGUAAGACUCGUGAUGAAGAUUUCUAAACUAAUUUAACAACAAUCGAUGUUACUCAUUACACACGGAUCAAAGCAAACAACUAUU